GAAGAUCCGAACCGACAGAAGAACAGUAGUUUUAGCCUUUUAGGGUUUAAGCAGUUCGUGAAAAUCCGACAGAAGAAGUCACAGAACCAUCGACUGUUUCAGUCUCGGAUGUUUUAAGAUUUUGGGUUAAUAAUUUAAUUUUAAAAUUAAAAAAUUUGUCGGCCCGUGGACUAUAACAUUCAACUAUGGGCCUCGCGUAUCGGCCCAAUAAAACGGAGCACGAGAAAAUAUCUUUGAACAUCUGGAAAGUGUAAGAAACAGAGGACGUGAAGAAGAAGAAGAAGAAAAGUACAGUACAUGCCUCCUGUUGUUGUAAGAAGAACAAACACUUCCACGUGUUCGAUGAAAUGACUGAGAGAAACUAGGAGACAGCUUCCUUAGUUCUACACACCAACUUGAGGAGGUUUGAAGCUUGUUCUGACGAAUCGAAGAAUAAAGAAAGAUGUUUUCUUUAAAGAAAGCGAAGCUUCAUGCUGUCUCAGUUCACCAGAGUCGUUUCAGUUCUCUGUUUCGUGCCAUUGAAGUUACAGGUACUCAACCUCAAGCUUCUUUAAAACAUGGUUUAGAAAGUAAAGCUGUUCUGGACAAUGCAAGAAACCGCAGUUUGUUAUCUAAGCUUCGUACUAGUGCCAGGUUCGAUGUAUGGUCUAUAGAUAGAACUGAAGCAUUUUCCACGAUGUCUGGAUCUAUAUUGCUUCAAGCCAGGGAUCCUGCUAAGCUCAAUGAAGAAAUCCAAAUCGCCGUUGAUCAACGUAGAUGCGACGAAGCUUGGAGAUUGUUUGAACAACAUAUGCAAAUGGAAGGGUUCCCGCGUAAAUCUGUUGUCAACAACGUUUUGGUCUGUUUCGCUGAGAGUCUCGAUUCCAAUUGGCUACAGAAGGGUUACACUUUAGUGGAGAAAGCCUUUGAGGAGAGUAAACAGAAUCUGCUAGAGAAGGAGCCUCUUGUGUAUCUCUCCUUGGCUCUGGCCAAGUCAGGCAUGGCUGUUCCUGCGUCAACCAUCUUGAGGAAGCUAGUUGAGACGGAAGAGUAUCCUCACGUGAGCGCUUGGUCAGCGGUGCUGGCGCAUAUGUCUCUCACGGGACCAGGAAGUUAUCUGUCUGCUGAGUUGGUUCUUGAGAUCGGUUACUUGUUUCAGAACAACAGAGUUGAUCCGCGGAAGAAGAGUAACGCGCCUUUGCUCGCGAUGAAGCCUAAUACUCAGGCGUUGAACAUUGCUUUGUCGGGUUGUUUGUUGUUCGGGACAACACGAAAGGCUGAGGAGCUUCUUGAUAUGAUACCGAAGAUUGGUGUUAAAGCCGAUGCUAACUUGUUAGUGAUAAUGGCGCAUAUAUAUGAAAGAAAUGGGCGGAGAGAGGAGCUGAGGAAGCUCCAGAGGCAUAUAGAUGAAGCUUGUAACUUGAAUGAUUCUCAGUUUUGGCAGUUCUAUAACUGCUUGCUUAUGUGUCACCUUAAAUUUGGGGAUCUCGAAGCUGCUUCGAAAAUGGUUUUGGAAAUGCUAAGAAGAGGAAAGGUAGCAAGGAACUCACUUGGAGCCGCCAUUUUGGGACUUGAUACUGCAGAAGGUGAUAGAUUAAAGCUCAGAAAAGUAUCAGAGGUUAAAGAACAGGACACUCCAGUGCUUUCUAUUAACAGUAUGAUUCCGUAUGAAGAGUUCGUUAGAGACAGGAAAUUUCUAAAACUUGAAGCUGAGGCAAAGGAUGUUCUUGGUGCAUUGUUGGCUAAGCUGCAUGUACAAGUCGAAUUGAUUACCUCGGAGCGCGGUGUUCUGCAACCGACUGAAGAGAUUUAUGUGAAAUUAGCGAAGGCGUUUCUGGAAAGUGGGAAGAUGAAGGAGUUAGCGGAGUUUCUGUUAAAGGCAGAACAAGAAGAUUCCCCUGUUUCUAGUGAUAACUCGAUGCUGGUGAAUGUGACCAACGCGUGUAUUUCUAUAGGGAUGUUGGAUCAGGCGCAUGAUCUACUCGACGAGAUGCGUAUGGCUGGGGUAAGAACCGGUUCUUCGGUUUAUUCGUCGCUCCUCAAAGCUUACUGCAACACCAACCGGACUAGAGAAGUGACAGCACUUCUUAGAGAUGCUCAAAAGGCAGGGAUUCAGUUCGACUCUAGCUGUUACGAAGCCUUAAUCCAGUCUCAGGUGAUUCAGAACGAUACUCACGGAGCUCUCAACGUGUUCAAGGAGAUGAAAGAGGCGAAGAUACCGAGAGGCGGGAAUCAGCAGUUGGAGAAGCUCUUAAAGGGCUGCGAAGGGAACGCAGAGGCGGGACUUAUGUCGAAGCUCCUGAGAGAAAUCAGAGAAGGGCAGAGUAAUUUGGAUGCUGGCGUUCAUGAUUGGAACAAUGUGAUCCACUUCUUUAGCAAGAAAGGUUUAAUGCAAGACGCAGAGAAGGCGUUGAAGAGGAUGAGAAGUCUGGGGCAUUCGCCGAACGCUCAAACGUUUCAUUCUAUGGUCACAGGCUAUGCAGCCAUUGGGAGUAAAUACACAGAGGUGACUGAGCUUUGGGGAGAGAUGAAGUCCAUAGCCGCAGCUACUUCAUCGAUGAGGUUUGAUCAGGAGCUGCUGGAUGCGGUGCUGUAUACGUUUGUUAGAGGAGGGUUUUUCUCGAGGGCUAAUGAAGUUGUGGAGAUGAUGGAGAAAGAGAAGAUGUUUGUUGAUAAGUACAAGUAUCGGAUGCUCUUCUUGAAGUAUCACAAGACUGCUUAUAAAGGCAAAGCUCCAAAAGUUCAGAGCGAGUCUCAGCUCAGGAAGAGGGAAUCUGGUUUAGCAUUCAAGAAAUGGCUCGGUUUAACUUGAUUGUUAUCUGAAGUAAUCACCAUUGUCAUUACAUUUGAGUUCCGAAUAGAGUCAGCUAAAAGUUUCGUGUUGUUCAUAAAUGAAUGAUAUUUCAACUUUGACUUGGAUGGGACGUCACCGUUUUGCCUUCAAGGCAUUAUGCAUUAGUGAUGUUUAUUACUAUUUUGAAAACGUAAACCGUUGUCUACCGCUGGUUUAUAGUUAAUGAUUAAGUUGGUACGGUAGUUGGGUUUGAUAAUCCGGUUUACUAUUGAAUUGCAUUUCACUUGGAUGGAUUUCAUUUUUCCGGUUCGUCUUCUUCGCCCUUAUUCACACAGUUGUCUUCGUCAGAGAUGUGCAACUUGCAGCAGGUGAAAGCAGCGCAGAAUAGUUUGAACUGCGCUGGUUAAAUGUUGAAGGGGGCUGGAUGGUGAAGCUACUGAACCUCUAUGAUCAAGGAAAUGGAAGAAGAUAGAGAAGAAUCAAAAGGUCCAGAGAUUGAGUUUGCAAUAACAGAGUUUACGAGAUGACUUCAAAUCCAACGAAGAAGAGAUGGUUGCAGUUCUUUGAUCAAGCUAGAUUAGAGAGAACAGACGAGCUUUUACUCAAGGUAGGAGCUUUAAUUAAGCUUACUUCUUGAAACAGCUAGGAGGAGGGCAUCUUCUGUGGAUGCUAUGGAGCCAGCUCAAGGCAUUCUCUUGAUUCUCUAGAAUUUGACUCUGGAAGCAAAUGAAAGUGACUGCAUCAGCACGCUGCACAAAGUGCUAUGACAGUCUGUCAGUAACCUGGAAACUGGAACUUGGGAUUGGGAACAGGCCAAGAAAAUAGUGCUUAUGUUCUUCGAAAGGCUAAGCCAUCUUUCAAACAAACAGCAAAGAAACACUGAGAUGGUUGCUAGAAUCUUGCCGUACUUAACAUGCGGUGAGCCACUAGUUUACUAGAAUCUCGCCUUACUUCAAGUUAGAAGGCUUAGUUGCGUCGUUAUAUGCAUCAUGAAUCAUGAUCUAGCUGGUCUCGCUGCAAGCCUGGACAUAACAUAACAUUCACUGAACAGCAGGUUAAAUGCUACAUGAAGCAAACCUUCUUAUAGACGAUGAUGGAGUUCUUAGAAUAUGAGAUUUUGGGCUUGCAACGUUUUUUGCUGAUGCGAGUAAAAGGCAAGUAAUGACGACAAGGGUUGCUCUAUGGGACUUUGGCACAGAGCACCAGAGCUGCUCCACGGUGCUAAUGUCGGCAUUGACUUAGAAGCUACAAGGCUUUGCUAUAAUCUUUGUGGAAGGAAUCUUAAUAUCCAACGUGGAGACAUGACAAAGGGUGACAAGGAAGUGGACCGAAAGCACACCGUCCUGGACAUCCUUGUCUUUGUCAUCACUUUUAUCACUUGUCAGCUACUCUUUGCUCUCUUCUUUUAAUCAUCAUUAUUGCUUAUUCAAUAUAUAUUCAAGACAUC